AGUGGGUUUAAUUAUUAUAAGUGAAAUCAUCAUUACAACUUAUGAAGUUAUUUGGGAUCAACAGUGUCCGCUAAUUCUUCUGCCUACUUGAUGUACAGGAAUGAAAACAUCGCUCAGGACUUUAAUGAUUUGUGGGAUUUUCCACACCGUAUUGAGGUAAUUGGUGGGAAACACGUUACAAUUCAGUGUCCAAUGCAGGAUCAAACUUUUAUAACUAUGAAAACAGCCACAGUAUUGUUUUACUAACUAUUUGCGAUGCGCAUUAUAAUUUUCUCUUCGUGGAUAUUGGUGCGUAUAGUCAGCGUAGCAAUGAAAGCAUAUUUAAAGAUAGCACCUUUGACAAAAAUUUGAAACAAUACAAUGAAAGUUCCUAAAGAAAAAUGUAUUUCUUCUGGAGGACCAUUGCUGCUAUAUUGCCUUAUUGGAGAUGAGGCGUUUCCGCUUAAACCAUACUUGCUCCGGCCAUACCCACGAGGGGGCAAAAAGACAUUAAAUGCAGAUCAACAUGUUUAUAAUUAUCGAUUAAGUGCCAGAUGCAUCAUCGAAAACGUCUUCUUCGGAAUUCUGGCAAGUCAAUGGAGGAUUUACAGAAAGCCAAUUAUUGCCAGUGUAGACACAACCAUGAACAUGAUUAAAAAUACAAUUUGCUUGCAUAACUGGCUUCGUAAAGACUCCAAGAACGAUUUUUAUGUAACAUCAGACCUAUUGGAAACAGCAAAUGAUGUGCACAUUCUAGGUUCAGAGAACAAUAAUAGAAAAUAGAUAUGUUUUUACAGACGUGUCCAAUUGUGGCACACAUAAUAGUACUCGAGAAGCCAUCAGAAUUAGAGAACUUUUCUGUCAAUAUUUCAACAAAAGUACCGUACCAUGGCAAUGAGAUCAAUAAUUAAGUCAUAAGUUAUUAUUAAGUAAUAUAAAACAUUAAUCUUUAUACUA